ACUAAUGUGUGAUAACAUUAUAUUUGGACUUGACCUUCAAGAUUGGCUUAUAAUUUUCACGUAAUUGUAAUCCACGCCACGUUCCAAUAGGAUUUAUAGAAAACGCUCGUUAAGUUGGCUCAAAGUGUAAAACGGUUUAAGGUUUAAAAUUAUUUAUAGCAAGCGGUGAAGUAAAGAAAUUAAGGAUGGAUUCGUUGGAAUUAGUUUCAUCAAACAAAAUUUUUGGCGGAUUGCAAAAAGUAUACACUCAUGAAUCCGCUGAAUUGAAAUGUAAAAUGAACUUUUCUAUUUAUUUACCACCACAAGCUGAAGGAGGGGAUGUGAAAUUGCCUGUCAUCUUUUACUUGUCUGGCUUGACCUGUACAGAACAGAAUUUUAUUACCAAGUCCGGCUUCCAAAGAUAUGCAGCUGAGCAUGGCAUUAUUGUUGUUGGACCAGACACUUCUCCCAGAGGAGUUAAAAUCCAUGGUGAUGAUGAAUCAUGGGACUUUGGUGUUUCUGCUGGAUUUUACCUGGAUGCGACUAAGGAGCCAUGGUCAAAUAACUACAGAAUGGGUAGUUAUUUGAACAAAGAGCUGUAUGAUUUGAUAUUAAAAGCUUUUGAUAAUGUAGUUGAUCCUGGCAGGAUUGGGAUUAUGGGACACAGCAUGGGAGGUCACGGUGCCCUUGUAUCCACACUACGAAACCCUGGGCUGUACAAGUCAGUUAGUGCAUUUGCACCUAUCUGCAACCCCACUGCCUGUCCUUGGGGAGUUAAAGCUUUUACUGGAUAUCUUGGAGAUGAUGAGAACAAGUGGAAGGAGUGGGACGCUACUGAGUUGGUUAAGAAAUAUGAGGGACCACCACUAACUCUGUUUUUGGAUCAGGGUGCAGCAGAUAAGUUUUACAUUGAAAAACAAUUGCUGCCUGAAAACUUGGUGAAAGCUUGCAGGUCUGUUGAAGUGCCUGUCAUACUGAAUUUACGUGAAGGCUAUGAUCACUCCUACUAUUAUAUAUCUACCUACAUCGGUGAACAUUUUGAUUUCCAUGCUAAAAUCUUAAAAGCUUAAUUGUUUGUAAUUAUAAAUGGCAUUUCUGUUUUAUUUACUCAUUUGUAUAAUGUAAUGUAAAGCUUUCAGUAACAAUGUUGCAUUUAAAAUAAUUUAUAUUUUUGUACAUAUGUUGUAAUUCAAUAAAAGAUUUUUCAUA